GCUGAAAAGACGUGCCCGCGAUCCGUUUCCCCUUCCGCCGCCGGCCACCACAGCCCGACCCAAGCCAAGCCUCUGACGAUCCCCCCCGGAUCUUGGUCGGCGACUGUCACCCCACGCCGACGACCACGAAGCACACACGCUGACACAGACUCGGCGACCACGUCCCAUGGCCGCCCGCCCCGCCCCCGGGCAGAAGCAGUGACCUGCCAGCCGUCACUGCCUUGUUGGGCCCGUUUCGUCCUGUCCGCUCAGCGCAUCAUGGCCGCCGACCUGGGGACGGGCUUCCCUCUGAUCAUUCCCCGAGAGAUUGACUGACUGACUGCCUGGUGCAGCAGCAAGCGGCGGACAUGCCUCUCGGGAACUAGUCCGGCGCCGCACUAGCUCGGCAUGCUAGGUAAAUACCGAGCAAGUACGUUACCUAGUAGUAGGUCGGAUUGCAACGGCGCCUUGGCCCGCCCGACGCGGCGAACAAGCCACAAACGAGGUAGAGGGCCGUGUCCACGACCAAACGUAUAUAGGGACGAGCGCGCGCUUCAUGUACAUUCGGGUUGAGCUCUCCUUGGCUUGAACACGACGCCAUCAACUAUACGAUCCGUCUCUCUGCGGCCUUACCUCUCGCGUCUCGUCGGCGGGAAGCAAGCAAGCCUUGCCGCUAACACAACCUUUGGUGUCGCCAGCCUGCCUCCCUCUACCAGAAAAAAGAGUUCGGAACCGUGUCUGGUUUCAGCCAGACAAGACGACAAAAGUACUAGCAACAACCGCCCGGCUGCCGCGAUACAGCCAUCAUGGCGACGACGACGCUCGUCUCCGGCGUGGCCUUUGGCGCGGCCAUGGUCGCCGCCGGCUUCGCCAACCCGACCGUCGUCGUCUCGCAGAUGAAGUUUGAGUCCUGGCACAUGUUCCAGGCCUUUCUGGCCGCCACCGCCAGCAGCGCCGUCAUAUACUCCGUCGCCGAAAGGCUCGGCUACGUCAAGCUCCAGCCGCGAAGCUCCUCUCCGCUCGGCCUCUUCUCCCGCUAUGACGGCAACAUUCUCGGCGGCGCUCUGCUAGGCGCCGGCAUGGCCGUCUCCGGGUCCUGCCCCGGCACGCUCUACGCACAGCUCGCCACCGGCGUCCGCACCGGCUUCUACGUGCUCGCUGGUGCCGUGACCGGCGGUGUGCUGUGGACGGGCUACCUCGCGCCCCUCGUCAAGCGCCGCCGCGAGAACGCCGCCAUCAAGCCCGCGCCCGGCGUCAUCAGCGAGUCGCUCGGGCUCUCCCGCGCCGCGACCCUAGUGCUCUUCGAGGCGGCCUGCGUCGCCGUCGUCGUCGCGACCGCGGCCGGCGCAAAGUCCACCAACGGCGGUUCUGCAGCGUUUGCCGGCGGCGAUCUCAUCCCCGCGGGCGCCGUCGGCGGGCUAUUCAUCGGCCUCGCCCAGCUCGUCUCCCUGGUCACGCGCCGCACCAUGGUCGGCAUCUCGGGCUCCUUCGAGGACGCCGGCAACUACUUCUGGUGGCUCUUCCGCGACGCCGCCGCCGCGGAGAAGCGCCCACGCACGUACCAGAACAUGCUCUUCGCCGCUGCCGCCGCGGCCGGUGCGUGGGCCAUGGCUAGAGUGCUGCCGGACUCGGCCGUCUUCGGCGCCGUGGCCGGCCCCCUGCUCGAGAUGCCGCCGCUGCGGGCCGUGCUGGGAGGCGUGCUCAUCGCCGUCGGCUCACGGCUGGCGGGUGGGUGUACGUCCGGCCACGGCAUCAGCGGCAUGUCGCUGCUGUCGACGUCGAGCGUCGUCACGAUUGCGAGCACAUUUGGCACGGGCGCAUUGGUAGCGCCCUUGAUUUACUAAGUUACUACUGUAGGCAGCGACCCCUGCCCUGAUACCUGAUAGAAGCGUGCUACAAAGUGUAC